AGAGAGGGAAGAACUCUUCUGAUUGAACUUCUAGAGAAAUCAGGAAGAAGACUUCAAAAAAAAUGAUAUGAUGUCUCCCAGUGGAGACAGGGCACGAGGUGCAGGGAGGAAGUGGCCUAAGCCAGGACGAUGAGGAUGCAAUGUUGAAGAAUAAGUGGGAGAAGAGAAGUAACCGGCACUAUGGAAAAAACCAAAACAAAGCAAGGAGAGAAUGAACAUAUGCCGGUGAAUAAUCCUUCCACGCAGAUUUACCAGUUGCAGGCCCUAGCCUCUGAACUCAAAACUGGUUUCACAGAAGCAAUGCAAGAACUGUCAAGAAUUCAACAUGGAGAAUAUGCUUUGGAAGAAAAGGUUAAGAGCUGCAGAUGUUCCAUGGAAGAAAAAGUUACUGAGAUGAAGAAUUCAUUAAACUAUUUCAAGGAAGAGCUGAGCAAUGCCAUGUCAAUGAUCCAAGCCAUCACUUCCAAACAAGAAGAAAUGCAACAGAAAAUCGAACAGCUUCAACAGGAGAAGCGAAGAGAAUCUCGAAAAGUUAAAGCCAAGAAAACUCAGAAAGAAGAACACAGCUCACAGGCCGGGCCUGCACAAGCACAAGGAAGUCCUUUUCGUUCAAUCAAUAUCCCUGAGCCUGUUCUUCCAAGCGAAGACUUUACCAACCUUUUGCCUUCUCAGGCCUAUGAAAAAGGACAUGAACGGCCGGGCGCGGUGGCUCACACCUGUAAUCCCAGCACUUUGGGAGGCCGAGGCGGGUGGAUCACGAGGUCAAGAGAUCGAGACCAUCCUGGUCAACAAGGCCAAGAUUCCAGAUCUGUUCAUGUAGGAGACAGUAAUGUGAAGGCAAUGAUGGGUCCUGGAGUGAACCCAACAACUCCAGAAGCAGAAGAAAACCUCAAGUCUUGCCUCUCGGCUGAGAUCCAGCCCAAAGGCCAUCUCCCAUCUGGCAUGUGGAGGCAGCCUAAGGAUGGUAAAGAAUGGGGUGAAGAAUACGUCACCAAAGACCACCCGGAUAAACUCAAGGAGGCCAGCCAGGGUAGACACAGCUCCUUGGAAAACGUUUUAUGUGAAACCUCCUUAGCUGCUAAAAGACAGACUGUGGCCCUGGAAUUGCUUGAAUCUGAAAGAAAAUAUGUCAUUAACAUCUCUCUGAUCUUGAAGAUAAAAGCCACAUUCCAGGGGUCUGAUGGAAAGAGGAAUUCCAAAGAGAGAAGCCUCUUCCCUGGCUCUUUACGGUACCUUGUCCAGCAGCACCUGGAUCUGCUUCACGCACUGCAGGAAAGGGUCCUGAAGUGGCCACGCCAAGGCGUCCUUGGAGAUUUAUUCCUUAAGUUAACAAAUGAUGAGAAUAAUUUCUUGGAUUAUUACGUUGCCUACCUGAGGGACCUGCCUGAGUGCAUCUCAUUGGUUCAUGUUGUAGUCCUGAAAGAGGGUGAUGAAGAGAUUAAAUCUGACAUCUACACGUUGUUUUUCCACAUAGUCCAGCGCAUCCCGGAAUAUCUGAUACAUCUGCAGAAUGUCCUGAAGUUCACAGAGCAGGAGCACCCUGACUAUUAUCUACUCCUGGUGUGCGUCCAGCGCCUCCGAGUAUUUAUCUCACACUACACCCUGCUGUUUCAAUGCAAUGAAGAUUUGCUUAUUCAGAAACGGAAAAAGCUCAAGAAGUCAUCCAUGGCGAAGCUGUACAAAGGGCUGGCUUCCCAGUGUGCCAAUGCCGGGCAAGAUGCUUCCCCCACUGCAGGUCCUGAGGCUGUCCGUGACACUGGGAUCCACUCAGAAGAGAUGCUGCAACCCUACCCUUCUGCUCCCAGUUCUGGCCCUACCGUCACACAUCUGAUGCCCCCAGUGAAGAAAAGCCAACAGCAGCAAAGCCUGAUGGAGAGCAUGCAGCCCGGGAAGCCCAGUGACUGGGAGCUGGAGGGCAGGAAGCACGAGCGGCCCGAGAGCCUCCUGGCGCCCACGCAGUUCUGCGCGGCCGAGCAGGACGUGAAGGCGUUGGCCGGGCCCCUGCAGGCCAUCCCGGAGAUGGACUUCGACCCCUCUCCGGCCGAACCGCUGGGCAACGUGGAGCGCUCCCUGCGUGCCCCGGCCGAGCUCCUGCCCGAUGCCCGCGGCUUCGUGCCGGCGGCCUACGAGGAGUUCGAGUACGGCGGCGAGAUCUUCGCGCUGCCUGCGCCCUACGACGAGGAGCCGUUCCAGGCCCCGGCCCUCUUCGAGAACUGCUCGCCCGCCUCCUCCGAGUCCAGCCUGGACAUCUGCUUCCUGCGGCCCGUCAGCUUCGCCAUGGAGGCUGAGCGGCCGGAGCACCCGCUGCAGCCGCUACCCAAGAGCGCCACGUCGCCCGCGGGCAGCAGCGGCGCCUACAAGCUGGAGGCGGCCGCGGCGCAGGCGCAGGCGCACGGCAAGGCCAAGCCGCUGAGCCGCUCGCUCAAGGAGUUCCCGCGUGCGCCGCCCGCCGACGGCGUGGCCCCGCGCCUCUACAGCACGCGCAGCAGUAGCGGCGGCCGCGCGCCCAUCAAGGCCAAGCGCGCUGCACAGCCGCACGGCCCGGCCGCUGCAGCUGUUGCCGCCCGCGGCGCGCCCCGGACUUUCCCCCCCCAACAGAGGUCCCAAAGCGAAAAACAGACCUAUUUGGAAGUAAGGAGGGAGAUGCAUUUAGAAGAUACUACCAGAUUCUGUCCCAAAGAAGAAAGAGAAAGUGAACAAACAUCUUUCAGCGAUCAAAAUCCCAGGCAAGACCAGAAAGGGGGCUUUCGCAGCUCCUUCCGCAAGCUCUUUAAAAAGAAAUUUUAGGUCCAGUGGAUCAGAAUACAGGGAAAAAACUAAUGAGAAUCUCUCAAUGGAUCCUUCACCCACCAAACAAGAUUUCUUCAGAAACCGACUUGCUCUUGCAAAUGACCUUGACCAAGGAACAGCUGUGUAAAACAUACUUAAAGUUGUAUUGUCAAGUGGUAAGAUGAGGAUAAAAAGCUUGUAUAUAUCUGUGUAGGAAUAUAUAUAUAUACACACACAUAUAUAUAUAUAUAUCGAUGUAUAAAUCCCUGAGGAAAACUAAUAUAAAUACAUAUGAAACUAAAUCAACAUACAAGACAUUGAAGAGAUGAAGAUUAGUUUCUGGUUAAGAUCUGGCUUUUUGAACCUCACCACUGGGGAAAAGGGAAAUGAAGACUUUUCACAUCAUUACAGAAAAACACAAUAAAUUUGAAGGAAAAUAAACGUUUGUAAGAAUGAAAAAAAAAAAAAAAAA